AUGGAGGGUUCAUCGAGGAGAAACGCCGGGGAGGAGGAAACACCUAGAAAAGGAACUGGAACAACCAUUCAACUAACCCAAGAGGAGCUACAGAGAAUGAUGGAAGAAGCUAGCCGGAAAGCAAUCGUGGAAUACGAAAGAAGAACUGCAACUCCGUUGAUACAUAGCCUGAAUAAACAGAUUGACGAGCUGAAGAAACGUGGAGAGAUAGUUUCGCAAAACAAAAAUUCUCCCUUCUGCAACGAUAUCCUAAUUCAAACAGUUGAGCCGGGAUUCAGGGUGCCCGACCUGAGGAGAUAUGACGGAAUGAAAGAUCCGCAAGAGCAUGUUGCUGCGUUUGAAAUGGUGAUAAACCUGUAUGGACAGACAGCUCCAAUCAUUGCGAAGUUAUUCGCGACCACACUUAUGGGGAAAGCACAAGAGUGGUUUACAAACUUACCCCGAGGAAGCAUUGAAACCUACGAGCAACUCAUACAAAAGUUUAACUUCCACUUCGCAAGCAAAAAGAGACAGAAGAGGUCAAACACCCAUCUAUUCAAUAUCCGCCAGAGGGACGAGGAGACACUGAAGAACUUCAUGGGGAGAUUCAAUAAUGAGACCUUGGAGGUACAAGAAUUGAGGAUUGAUAUGCUGGUGAGCAUCCUCAUCUAUGGAUUGCGGAAAGGACCCUUCACGUCCGCCCUUGCACGCGACCCGGCCGGCGAUGUGGAACAGUUGAUGGCGUUAGCGCAGAAAUACAUAGACGAGGAAGAGAUGAACGCGAUAAAGGACUUCGAACAAAGAGAACGCGACCAUGCGCACAGGCGACCUACAGAGAAUCGAGAGGGCAGUAGCAGCAAAUCGAAGCAAGAGAAGAAAAAGGAACCAAAAUAUAUCCCAAAAUUUCACAACUACACUCCACUGGGGAUGUCACGGGAGAAAGCUUUAAUGAUGGUGGAAAACGCCGAUGUCUUGAAAUGGCCGAGGCACACAAGAUAUACCCCGUCCAAAAAGUUCUCCGACAAGUAUUGCAGAUUUCACCGCGAGAAGGGUCACAACACGGAGGAGUGUUUUCAGUUGAAGGACGAAAUUGAAAGACUGGUCAGGCAGGGAUACUUUCGAGACCGUGUUCCCCAAAACUGCAGAAUCAGUGGGGAAGGAAGUAGAAGUUGA